CGCGCAGCUCCCCAGCCCCCUCCCCCUCGGAUGUGGCUCGAGCUUGAGGCGCGCAGGGCCGGAGACGCCGCAGACUCGGGACGUGGAGCAGCUCGGAGGCGGUGAAUAAUAGCUCUUCAAGUCUGCAAUAAAAAAUGGCCUCCAAUAAAACUACAUUGCAAAAAAUGGGAAAGAAACAGAAUGGAAAGAGUAAAAAAGUCGAAGAGGCAGAGCCUGAGGAAUUUGUGGUGGAAAAAGUGUUGGACCGUCGUGUAGUGAAUGGGAAGGUGGAGUAUUUCCUGAAGUGGAAGGGAUUUACAGACCCUUCUGAAAAACACAUUGCUGACAAUACUUGGGAACCUGAAGAAAAUUUAGAUUGUCCAGAGUUAAUUGAAGCAUUUCUUAAUUCUCAAAAAGCUGGUAAAGAAAAAGAUGGAACAAAAAGAAAAUCUUUAUCUGACAGUGAAUCUGAUGAUAGCAAAUCAAAGAAGAAAAGAGAUGCUAUGGGAAACAGAGAGGUUGGCUACAAAUUUGGUUCUGGAUGCUUUAGCAGCCAAAGCAAAAAGGCUGAUAAACCAAGAGGCUUUGCCAGAGGUCUUGAUCCAGAACGAAUAAUUGGUGCCACAGAUAGCAGUGGAGAAUUAAUGUUUCUCAUGAAAUGGAAGGAUUCAGAUGAGGCGGACUUGGUGCUGGCAAAAGAGGCAAAUAUGAAGUGUCCUCAAAUUGUAAUUGCUUUUUAUGAAGAGAGACUAACUUGGCAUUCUUGUCCAGAGGAUGAAGCUCAAUAAUUGUUUGCGUUGCUUUUUAUAUAUAUUUAUAUAUAUAUAAAAUCUGGGUCUUGGUUUUUUUGAUUUAUUAGUGUGAAGAAAUAACUAUUCUAAUGAAAAUCAAGUUUGAUAUGUUCGUUUUGAAGUAGUAUUGGGAAGUUGUUGGGGGGGUUUUUUUUGCAUUCUAUAGCACUGGUUACUUUGAACAAAUAAAAGCUUUCUGUAGUUGCUUCCUUUAGCAGAAAAAAAGAUUUGAUACCAUGGUAUAUUACUUCCUCUGCAUUAGGGAACAGCUUUUCUAAAUGUUGGGGGAAAUCCCCAGUCAUUACUCAAUCAAUUUACAUUUAACUCAUAUGCCUAAGGACCAUUCUUGGUUUUUUGUGCAUAUAUACAUAAAAUACAUAUGUAAAUGGCUUUCUUUUCAUUCUUUUUGUUUGUUUGGUUUUAAUACAUUUACCAAAACAAACAGUAUUUCACAACUGUGGAUAAGCCCAUGUUUCUAGGAGUCCAUCAUUUUGAGCAAUCUAAUAAAUCACUUCAAGUUAAGAUGAAAAUUUUUGGAAGUCUUAACUUUUCAAAUUAGAUAAAUAAUUUUCUAAUUAAUUGGACAGUUUAAAUAGAAUGUAAACGAUUUAAAUUGGACAGUUUUUUAAAGCAGCCGUAUCAGAAUCUGUAUCCAUGUCUGUAGUUAUAUAAAUGCAAUUUUAUAUGCAAAACCCCUGAAAGAAAAGUUUUAUCACUACUGACAACCUCCCCAUCAUCCAAAUGAAAAAAUUAGACAAAUUCUGUUGUGUUUUAAUUAGCCAAGCAAGACUUAGUUAAAUGGACAUUUAAGGGUUCCUUCUGGUGAACCGUUCCUUUACAGGAAAUUGAAGUCCCUGUGCUAUAUUUACUGAAAGCUCGUGAUUCAUGGAAUGUGUAAGACUUGUUCAUGGAAACGUAAUCAGAUGGUUAGAGACGUUGGCAAUUUAGGAUCUGCAGGAAUAAAUGAGUGAACAGACUUCUGUAAUCUAAACUCUUGACCUGCAUGUUUUUUCUUUACUCUAACCCAUUCCUUACAUUGUAGGCUCAGUCUUCUCAGUAUUUGGGCUACUGGUUCAGCAGAAGCCAGGAAAAACAGUAACUUUGUAGUAAUCAGAAUGUUAUUCAACUGUAUAUUGUUUACUUUAUUGUAAAUACUGGUGAACAGUGGUCAAUAAAUAGUUUUAUAUUCCUCUA